AUGUUUGACUAUGCCAAAGACCUAGAUCGCCCUCACACAGCAGAGUUGCGUAUCGGAGUUCUUCGAAAACCGGACGACACGGUGGACAGACACAAGCUUGAGGCUUUCAACGAUGGUCUCAGCCGGCUUCGCAGCACAGGUGCCAUCAUCAUCGAUCCUGUAGCCAUCCCGGGGCUCGAGGAAUAUGAGAGCCUCUCGGAUGCCGAGAAAUCAGUUGUCCUGGACACGGAGUUCAAAUUUAGCCUGGAGGAAUUCCUGUCCAACCUUGCAGUCAACCCGAGAAACAUCAAGACGCUGGGCCAAUUAAUUGAGACGAUCAAGCACGAUCCAUCUGAGCGUUUCCCGGAAUGGAAUGUCGAAAUAAUGCAGCGGGCGGACCAUACAUCAGUCCAUUCUCCAAUCUACACCAAGAUGCGGGCAAGACAAGAAUAUUUCGCAUCUCAGGGUGGCAUUAAAGGGGCUCUGGAGACGAGUGACUGCCACGUGCUCCUCGCACCGGCAGGUUCCCUCGCGGUCCAAGGCUUUGCCGCCAUGGCGGGCUCACCAGCCAUGAGCGUCCCCAUGGGAUUCUAUCCACCAGAAACCGAAGUAGUGACCGAUGAGCGAACUGGUCAAGUCGUCAUCGGGCCAAAUGUUCCACUGGUCGAGACAGGGUACGACCAGAUUACAUUCAGCGGCGGAGAUGGUAAGCUGACGCGCGCUCCCCAAAUCGGACCAAAGAAAGAGAGCGGCCCCGUAACGGGAGACCGAUACCACGUCAAGAACUACCCCGUCGCACCCCGCUGGAGGUACGAACCGCACCCCCUCCAAGACGUCCGCGUCACCGCCCAGCUGCUGGCGCGCGUCACGAUCGCCAAGGUCGUGGACGAGGAGCGCCUGAUCAGCAUACUCGAAAGCGUUCCUGUCGACCCGCCGGACUGGGACGGCAGGGCAAGUGGCAGGGAGCCGAAGUGGACCUGCCGAGUUUGGGUGAUUGCUGCUUUGAAGGCCGUCAGGGCUGACGGCGGGGCUGUCGGUACCAACGUGCUGGACGAUAUCGAGGGCCCGAACGGGAUCAUCGAGAAGACCAAGGCGUUCGUUGCCCGGCAGGUACAGAGGAAUCGGUACGGCGAGGGCACGGAUGCGAUGGCGCCGAAGCCACUGUUGGACCUAUUGACGGGGAAGGAGAGCUACCUCUGA